AUGAAGGGUUACGUUAUGUGGGCUAUUGUUAAUAACCUCCACAAUGAUCGUGUCUCCCCUGUGAACAUACAGAGUUGGCCCUGGGAAUUCCCCGUUCACUGUCAGUAUUUGCUUCUUGUUGCACAGCCUCGUGUAGGAAGCCUCUGGGUCGCGGUUAAGGAAUGCAAGAACUUGGAUUCGUUGUUGGCAGAAGCUGAAGAUGAAAGUGACAAGUUGAUAACCAAGCUUGAACCGAUGGAGAGGGAGGUCGAGAAUCAUCGGUUAAAGACGAUCCAGCGCGAGCAGCUACGAACCACCUUGGGAGGCAAUGCAGGGGAGGAGGAUGAGAGAGAGCACAUUGCUGAUGAGAAUGCUGCUGACAUUUCUGAACAAGCAGGGGAUUCGGACGCGGUGGGUGAUGAUGAGGUAGUGUUGAUGGAGCAGAGAGACAUGGCGGUGUCGCAGAGCGUGCUAAGCGCGGUGCUGUCUCUAACUGUUGGGAUGAUCGCGUGGGAAGGGAAGGACACGGUGAUGCCGCUGGUGGUGCCUCUCUACACCGUCGUGGGGAUGUCGAUGAGGAACGUGUUGAAGUCCUUCUCGACGAUCAGGAACAAGCCGGCCUACGAUGCUGUUGCUCUCCUCAGCUUCAACUGCUUCAUCCUCGGAACCCUUACUUAUCCUACCUUGCCUAAGGUGGUUCGGAUUCUCGGAUCGCUUGCAUCGACCCAUCUCAGCCGCUUCUUGAAAAGCUAG